UGCCCGCGGGCCCCGCCCCGUCAGGCCACCCGGGCGCGUCCGCCAUUUUUCCGCGAUGUCCUGGUGGCUGCGGAUCCUGCUGCUCACGGCCGCGGUGGCCGUGGUGCCCCGUGAGAGACCCUGUGAAUCUGACCAGUAUGAGCUGCAUGGCCUCUGCUGCGACUUCUGCCCGGCCGGCUCCUACGUCAGCAGACACUGCGAUGUGGACCGCGUCACGGAGUGCAGCCCGUGCGAGCCGGGCUCCUUCACCGCCCACCGCAACCGGGAGACCAGGUGCCUGUCCUGUGCCGAGUGCCGGGAUGAUCAGGAGAUGGUCUCCGACUGCACCCAGAACAGCGACCGGCGGUGCCAGUGCAAGACGGGGAGCUUCUACUGCGACUCCGAGGACUGCGUGGAGACCUGCUACCGCUGUUCCAGGUGUGAUGGCCCCAUCCUGGAGACAUGCAAUGCCACACGGAACACCAUUUGUGCCAAGAGAAAUCCAGAGUCAGGGGACCUACCCAGAUCCUCCAACGUUUGGGCUGUGGCAGUGCCCGUGAGCAUCAUCCUUGUCACCAUCGCCGUCGCCGUCACGGUCGUCUGCUGCAGGAGACCAGGUGUGCAGCUUCCCCACGUGCUGGUCCAUUGGUUGAAACACGAGUCCAGGGACGCAGGUGACCCGUCACAGGGAGGCACCCUGCCCACGGACUCAGAGCCCGGCCAGCCAGCUGCCGGCGGGGACAACACACCACUGCUGGAACCCCAGGGCCCAGCCAGGGCGCCCUCUGAGGACCCUGAGGGAGGGGCGGAGCUGCAGGAGGUGGUGCUCACGGGAGGCGGGGCCUCCCCGGAGCAGGCGCUGCAGACCCCGGUUCCCUCAGCCCCCGGGGGCCCGGACCAGGCUGGGGCUGCAGCCCCCCUCCACGCCCUGGAGCAGCAAUACAAACAAAAGUACGUUUUGAAGGACGGGUCCCCUGAGGCCACGAACAGGAUCUACUUCGAAUUCGGGCAGGAGGUUCCCAGAAGUCACUGGAGGAUGUUCAUGAGGUUGGCGGGGCUGGAGGAGAACGACAUCGUCAUUUGUGAGCACGAGAACCCGGGGAACCUGCCGGAGCAGCACCACAGGAUGCUGCUGCGCUGGCAGAGCAAGCUGGGGCGGGCGGCGACCCCGUUCAGGCUCAUGGCAGCCCUCUGUAAGAUGCAACUGCGGGAAUGUCUGGAAAAUAUUAUAAACAAGCUGGCUGCGGAGGAUAUCUUAGGUAGUAAGGAUGCAGAGCCCCCGAACUAGUCAGCCUUUUUUGCAACGGCUGUGACUUAGCGGCAUCCUGGGGUCUGGCCUCCCCCAGGUCCCUUUCUGUGGGUGCCUUCACAGAUCCCAGAUGGGACGGAGCCCCUCCAUGUCCAAGUAGCCUCUACGGGAAGCUUCUUCUGGGGGGCCCUCUGCCUGCGGCCCAUGUGGCCCACGGGCUGCCAUCAGGGGACUCCGGGGGCCUGAGCUGCUCAGGGAGGACCCGCUGGGUGUACUCAGUGGGCCCACGAGCCGUGGCCUCCUCACGGACACAGGCCAGGAGGGCUGGCUGGUCAUCUGUGUGACCCCAGUAGCUCACUCCUUGUUCUCCCAGGCACUGCGUUGUCUCUGGGCUUCUACUUGGGAGUGCCAUACCUGGGUGACACUUAUAAGUCAGUUCACAACAGACAAACCAGCGGCUACUCUAGCUGUCACUAGGUCAGCUGGGGUGGGGCAUGGGGACAGUUAUUGUCACAUGCCAGCUAUUAGAGGCCUUUGUCCAGUUCUCUAAAUGUUUAAGCAUAUGUGAUAUUUCUAGUUUUAUUGAAGUGGUAAAACUUCUCUUCCAUAGCAUUUUUACAUGUUUGUAUAACUUUUUUCACCCAGUAAAAUUUAUAUUCUAAA